AUGGUACAGCUGCAAGCACAAGUAUGUGUGACGAUUCUAGAAGUCCAAAAUUCUUAUGACAGCAUUAAUAAGGCAAAUUAUAUAGACACGGCUAAUGUGAAUGCCGCCAAUGCUGGCGAUGGCAUUCCUUAUUCUGUUUAUACUCCAAAGCAGAAGCUUGCAAUCGUUCUGGUGGCUAGCAUGGCGUCCUUUCUAUCGCCAGCGUCUACUUCUGCUUAUUUCCCCGCACUCAAUGCGAUAGGGUCAGACCUUGGAGUCUCUCUCCAGGCUAUGAAUUGGACAAUAACAUCUUACAUGAUCUUGCAAGGAAUAGCUCCAUCUUUCUUCAGCAGUUUGACGGAUAUGGUUGGUCGACGACCAUGUUACUUCCUUUGCCUUGGACUAUACAUAUCCGCCAAUGUAGCGCUGGCCCUGCAAAACAACUACUUUGCAUUACUGGUCUUGAGGUGCUUGCAGAGCACAGGAAGUAGCGCGACAGUUCUACUCGGCUCCGCUGUCAUAGCAGAUAUUGCUGCCACUGCUGAAAGGGGUACAUACUACGGGUAUGGGUUGACGACAGUGGCUCUCGCUCCAUCCAUAGCACCCGUUCUUGGUGGAGUCAUUACGCAGUAUCUCGGUUGGCGGGCGGUUUUCUGGUUUUUAACCAUUGUCGCUGGUAUCAUCCUCAUUUGCAUGAUCCUCUUUUACCCGGAAACGUCCCGAAAAGUCGUGGGUAAUGGUAGCUUGCCGCCACAAAAGUGGAAUGUUCCUUUGUUCACAUUCCUCACGGGUGCAGCAAGACAACAGAAGUCAUCGCAAAGGUUUGACUGGCGCUCGAUGAAUCCUUUAAGGACUGUUCGACUCAUUUUUGAGAAACAGACGGGCGUCAUUCUUGCCUAUACCGCUCUAGGUUACGCAGCAUUUUACUUCGUCACAGCAGCUAUACCAGGGACUCUUGCUCGGGUAUAUGGUUUAAAUGACCUACAAAUUGGCCUCUGCUACAUUCCCUUGGGAGCUGGGUCCUUUCUGUCAACGCAAAUGGUCGGCCGCGCUGUCGACAGGAACUACCGCCGUCUCGCCAUGGGCUUGUCAUACCCCAUCAUACGAAAUCGCCAAGACAAACUGGGGUCAUUUCCCAUUGAGAGGGCACGCCUGGAAAUUGCCCUGCCUAUGGCUUACGCUGCGAGUGCCGCUAUUCUAGCUUACGGCUGGAUGGUGCAGGCAAGGCUCCAUAUUGCAGGUCCCUGUGUCGUCUUGGUUGUUAUUGGAUUCUGCAAUACUGGGACAAUCAACGUCAUGAGCACAUUGGCCAUGGAUGUGUAUCCUAAAAGUGCGGCAACCGCCGCGGCAGCGAUAAAUCUGGCCAAAUGUCUCUUGGGUGCUGCCGCCGCGGCAGUAGUGCAACCUCUGAUUUCAGCUCUGGGUUAUGGUUGGGCUUAUACUGUUGUGGCGGUAAUUUGGAGCUCCGCAAGUGUGUUGUUACUCAUCCCUAUUCGAUAUGGACCAAAGUGGCGCCAGGAGGAGAUGGUGGUGGACAGGACUCAGGAGGGAGGGGCCUCGAGAUGA